GAGAGGAGCAUCUGCCAUUUGAUUAUCAUUCAUGGCAGUUGGUUCACCGUGCUUAAUUUCAGUACGAGAAGCAAAGCGAUCGUGCUUAAUUUGGGGCCUUCGUCAUAAAGGACCACAACCUGCUGGGGCGCGUCGCUCAUCAAAAAUGGUUGACCAUUUAGAGCUAGAUGCUGCUGCAGGAAUGCCCGUAGUAGGUGCAAGCCCAGUGGAUCCUCAUCCUCCCCCACUCCAAGAACGACAACCUGCGUUGCCUCACUCACGAAAAAUGGAUGACCAUUUAGAGCUACAUGACGCUGCAAGAAUGCCUGUUGGUGCACGCCCAGUGGUUCCUCAUCCUCCUCCACUUCAAGAACGACAACCGGCGGUGUGGCCGUUUACUAGAUCACGAAAAGUAGAUGACCAUUUAGAGCUAGAUGACGCUGCAAGAAUGCCCGUAGGUGCACGCACAGUGAUUCCUCAUCCUCCUCCACUCCAAGAAUGUUCCAGUGAUUCCUCAUCCUCCUCCGAUCCACUCCAAGGCAUGGAGCAUGUCUCGCAAGACUACGUGAAGCAUGUGGAGAUGCAGAUUAACAGCGUGCUCCUUCCAAAAUAUGGCACUGAUAAGUCAGAACACCCACCAACCAUCUAUAAGGUUCCCGAGGAGAUCAAAUAUGGAAACAUGCCUGCCUACCUCCCCAUUGCCGUCGAGAUCGGCCCAUUUUGGCGCUAUGGCAACGUAUUUUGCCGGGUCGGCGACGCUGAUAAGUUCCAACGACUUCAGGCCUACAAAUGGUGUUGCAUUCGCCGGCUCAUCGGGAGGCACCACCUUCUCCACGAGCGCGAGAGGACGCCGGCUCUCCUUCACCGGUGCCUCAACUCUUUGAGGAGCCUAGAGCCACGCAUCCGAGCAUCCUACCAAAUGGAUUUGAAGUCAUCAUAUGAUGCCGACCUUGUUCUCAACAUGUUGCUAGAUGGAUGCUUCAUCCUUCAGCGCCUUCUCAAGUACGCGCACAUAGCAAAAAGAGAAGCAAGUAGAAAAGAGGUCGAGAUCGAGGACGAGGACGAGGAUUGGACCCAGGUGUUCGGCAGGUGCUGGGUCUGGGGUUUUGUCACAAACGACCUGCUGCUGCUGGAGAACCAGAUCCCUUUCUUCGUCGUGCAAAGCUUGUUCCAUGACCUUCGGACCGACCCCGACGAGAGCAGCGACAUCCUCGUAGCCGGCGCCCUGCGCCUCUUCCGCUCCCUCCGGCCACAGCCCCUGCCCUCUUUCCACAUCGCCUGCCACGAUGUGCACCACCUGCUACACCUCUUCUACCUCUCCGUCGUUGGCCUUCCAGCAGCCGGGACGCCAUCGGGGCGUGACAACGACCUCCGCAGGUACGGGACGCCACCGUCGGAGCUCUCCCAGUGGAUGCCAUGCGCCAGGGAGCUGGAGGAGGCCGGCGUCAAGCUCCAGGCGAGAGAGGGCGGCGGUGCAUCAAUUAGCUUCCUCGACGUGAGGUUCAACGCCGGUGUCCUGGAGAUCCCGGUGCUGCAUCUGUACGACAACAGCGAGCAUCUGCUGCGCAACCUGAUCGCCUUCGAGCAGACCUACCCGCUCACGCCGGGCCGCGUCACUGCCUACGCCGUUUUCAUGGACUGCCUCGUGGCCUCGCCGGAGGACAUGCGGCUGCUGCAGCUCAGGGGCGUGCUGACCAACCAGAUGAACGGUGUGCGGGACAAGGACCAGACAGGGUUCUUCAGCGACCUCUGCCAUGGGGUCCACGUGUCCAGCGACCGCAACUACCUCGCCGGCGUGAUCGCGGAGGUGAACAAGUACCGGCAGGCAAGGUGGCCACGCUGGCGCACGGCGCUGGUGCGCAGCUACUUCAGCAACCCAUGGGUGGCCACGUCGCUUGCCGCCGCUGUGUUCCUGCUCGCCCUGACCUUUAUUCAGGCCUUCUUUGCUGCCUACUCCUACUUCAAGCCGCCCCAUUGAAGUGGAUGCUGGAAGUAUAUAUGUGCCCCAUCGUCCUUAUCAAACUGGAUCACCAGCGCUGGCCCCCCUUCAAUUUGCUCAAUGUUUGUAUUAUUAUUAUUAUUA